AUGGCUGAUCUCCCGACUUUAAUCUUCGUGCCUGGCGCAUGGCAUCAGCCAACAUGCUACAACAAGAUUAUCGAACUGCUGCAAGACAAGUAUCAGAUCAAGUGUAUAUCCAUAACGCUGCCGUCAACGAAAGGAGAUCCUGGCGCAACAUUCAAAGAUGAUCUGGACGCCGCGCAAAAUGCGAUAGUCAGCGAAAUCACACAAGGCCACAACGUCGUCAUCAUCGCGCACUCGUACGGUGGAAUAGUCGGCAGCAGUGCCGUGAAAGGCUUCACACGACUUCACGCCCAGGACUCGGAGCACAAAUCAUCAGGAUACGUGAUGGGCAUCGUGCUCAUCGCGUCUGGCUUCGCUUUGACAGGCCUCUCGUUCAUGGACCCGCUCUUCGGCAUCCCACCUCCUCAAUGGCGCGUCAACAAAUCCACUGGAUUCGCUGAAAUCGUCAAAUCGCCCCGUGAAGUCUUCUACCACGAUCUGCCCGCUGACGAGGCGAACUACUGGGUCUCGCAACUCACGCCGCAAAGUCUCAAAGCGCUUUUUGAAGGUGGCGGACAUACAUAUUCAGGCUGGUUGGAUGUACCGGCUUGGUACAUAGGGACUUUGGAGGAUCGUGGGUUGCCGGUGCUUUUGCAGCGCAUGCAGGUUGGCAUGGCGAGGGAGAUGGGCGGUGCGGUCGAGCAUAGGGAAAUGCGGACUAGUCAUUCGCCGUUUUUGAGCCUCCCGGAUGAGGUGGUCGGGAUUCUGAGGGAAGCAAUUGCGGCAUUCGUGGGACGGUCGGUAGGGCGGCGCACGUCUGAUGCGGUAAUCAGGGCGAAUGUAGUAGUGCCGACGGUCAGGAUCUUGCAGCCUUUCACGUGGUUAAAGUUUGGGCUGCCGCUUGCAUUUGGUCGCGUACUUGGAAGAGGUUAG